UUACGGGCACAAAAACAGCUACGCAAAAGAAUAAACUAGAAGGUACGAAAGAGGUUAAUUAAGGAGACAAGAAGCGGUAAUCUGAGAGAAACACGAUUGGGCAAAGAACGGAUUUUAAACAUUUAGGGUAAAUUUACCAAUAAAGUACAUUAAGUUUCACCGAGGUCUGCUAAGUAAUAUAGACGAUUUAGUUACGCGAGAAAGAAAAUUACCGCUCUUUAAAUAGUACGUAAUAUUGGUUUCUUGACAUCAAUACGGCUAUUCUUGUGCCCCCAGCUGGUUCUUUACCUUUUGUAUGCAUUGCUUGCUAAUGGAUUGUUGAUUUCUAUACAUAAUUAUCAUACGACUCAUAAUUGGUCCAGCGGGUAUAAGGAGCUUCUUGCUUCCACACGCGUGUUGAUCGAGUUGAGGCGCAGCUAUUACCGAUCGAAGUGUUUUGCACAGACAGAUCCAGACUCUGCUCAUUUGAUAAACCUUACGUGCCACUAUGACUGAAGAUACCUGUAAAUGUGGUCCAGGAUAUGCCACCCCUCAGGACGCCAUGAAGGGCCCUAGGGAGAAAUUAUUGUAUUUACCGUGCAUUCUGAGUAACACGGGGAUACAAAAACCGGAUUAUCUUGCCACUGUUGAUGCAGAUCCAGAUUCUCCUAAUUACAGUCAGGUUAUUCAUCGCCUGAAAGUUCCUUAUAUAGGAGAUGAGUUGCAUCACAGUGGUUGGAAUGCUUGCAGCAGCUGCCAUGGAGAUCCCAACCAGAAAAGAAACCGCUUGAUUAUGCCGUCUUUCACAACCAGUAGGAUUUACAUUUUUGAUGUUGAAUCUGACCCAAAAGCGCCACGUAUUCACAAGAUUGUUGAACCAGAAGAGGUAUUUGAGAAGACAGGCCUCGCCUAUCUUCAUACAGCACACUGCCUUGGUAGCGGCGAGAUCAUGAUUAGCGCCUUAGGUUCACCGGAGGGAAAAGCCGAAGGGGGCUUCGUUAUGCUGGACGGCAAGACUUUCAAUGUCAAAGGACGCUGGGAAGGCGGAAGUGAAAACGCAGCUCCCAUGGGAUACGACUUUUGGUACCAGCCUCGACACAAUGUGAUGAUCAGCUCGGAGUGGGGAGCACCGACUGCCUUUCAACAAGGAUUUAAGGUUGAGGACGUUGUUGCAGAGAAAUAUGGGUCGCAUUUGCAUGUGUGGGACUGGAACGAACGAACCAUAAAACAGACUUUAGACUUGGGAAUGGGUACCAUUCCCCUGGAGAUCAGGUUCAUGCACGAUCCUGAUCAGACGCAAGGAUUUGUUGGGUGUGCAUUGAAGAGCACCAUUGUGAGAUUCUUUCAGAAUGAGGAAAAGUCUUGGAGUACAGAGACCGUCAUCACUGUGCCAGCUAAGAAAGUGGAGGGCUGGGCUCUACCGGAAAUGCCAGGUCUGGUUACAGACAUUCUUAUCUCGCUGGACGACAAGUACUUGUUCUUCGGCAACUGGCUUCAUGGAGACAUCAGGCAGUAUGAUAUCACAGACACAAAGAAUCCUAAACUAGUCGGCCAGUUAUUUGUUGGAGGCAGCAUCGUCAGUGAUGGACCAGUGAAGGUAAUUGAGGAUUCUGAACUGACUGCACAGCCUGAGCCCUGUUACGUGAAGGGGAAGCGAGUUCAAGGAGGACCGCAGAUGAUUCAGCUGAGUUUGGAUGGCAAACGGCUUUACGUCACAGCAUCUCUGUACAGUGUCUGGGACAAUCAGUUCUAUCCUGACCUCGUUAAGAAAGGUUCUAUAUUAUUGCAGAUCGAUGUCGAUAAUGUCAACGGUGGCCUUAAAUUGAAUCCAGAUUUCUGUGUGGAUUUUGGAGAAGAACCCGAUGGUCCUGCCCUCGCUCAUGAAGUUCGUUACCCGGGAGGAGACUGCUCCUCCGAUAUAUGGCUGUAAAAGUCAACAACAUAUUGGAUAGAUAUAAGAUAUAUUUAAGUUCACUCAGCAACCAGGUGGACAAUCAGACAUGGUUUGAUGCUUCUCUGGUUGAAAGAUUUAAUGAAUGUAGCCGAAAAUACUAUUCAUUGACCCAACGUUUCGACACUCGUAUCUAGUGCCUUCAUCAGGGGUUAUCUGAUCGUUGCAACAAGAGGUCCUUUCCGUAUGCUCACUAAUUAGCUGCCCUUUUUCCUAACGAGGUGUAAAUAAGCGUAAGGUAGUAAGCUGCUAUCAUCACGAUUUAAAGGAGCGUGGGCGGAGUUGAUAUGCCAAGCUUCCAAACAAAGGCGCUGGUGGUAGUGGUGAUAGUUUAGAAUUAUCCCACCCAAUUGUAUGGUUAGUUAGGCAUGUGUACUCCGACAGAGCUGAAUUUUCUUUUUCGCAAAAAAAGACCGCUGUCUGAUACUCUUUCAAACGUGUACCCAACUGACAUUUUGUCAGUGUCCGAUAUACUCGUGAUCACAGUCAUUGCACGGAAUAGAAUAAAUAGCAUCGGUUCGUUUUUCUUUCGUAACUGGAUAAUUUUGAAUAGCCACAACCGACGUUAAAGUUGCUCGAAAACCUUUUUAAACUUUGGGGCAUAUUUUUGCCAAACCUAAGAUUUUUCCUUUAUUUAGACUUUGUAGGUACGUUUAAGUAUGGCUUUUGGCUCUUCUUUGUCUGGAACACCAUGCCAGUGACAGUACUAUAUAUACCAUCUAAACAGAGGGGUCUAAAAUAGAGUACAUUUUUGUUCACUCUGUCUGGAACCGGGUUCUGCACUUGAUCCCUAGUAAUGACUACAUAGCUUCAUCAUUCCCCUCUUGUAAUUACGCUCCAAUUCUGAAAUAAAGCAGGGACAAUCAUUGA